UCCCUUUAAGAGUUGCACGAUCGCCUCCAAACGCCGAGCUGCAGUCCAAAUGACCGGAAUGUCACAUGUAAUGUACUUAAUACUGCGUGACAAAUAUUGUAAAACCGACUUUUAAUCUUUAAUCACAUACUGCCAUUUAGAAGUUUCUGCUUAUUGUCGAGGGUUUCUAUUGUGAUAUUAGCUUAGCAUUAGCUACUAGCUUCAGUUUAUAGUCAAUACUGUCAACACUGCAAAGUUAAAGCAGAUAUAACUGGAUGUAAUGGAAAAACAGGCAGAAGAAACAGCUGCAAAGGGGACACCCCUUGUUGUUAAGGGGGAAGCAGCCCUCAUACCCCAAUUCAUCACCACCAAAGACAUGUUUCACGAGUUUCUAGACGCAGAGUGGCAAAGCUCGCGGGUAUGUAAAAACAGGGAGGCAGCUGAGGAGUCCAAUGAAGCACCCGUGCAGGAACCUGAAACCAAAAAGGUUAAAUUAGACCCAGAGGGGAACGAUAAAGGUGGAAAGCCGGAUGGUAAACAUCUCCGGGGGCAGUACAAGUUCAGGCCGCACAAGAAGCCGACCACCUACGAUGAGAGAAGAUUGUGUCUUUCAGUUAUUCAGGACAACAGGGAAUGUCCCUUCGGAGAAAAGUGCCACUUUUACCACGAUGUCGCUGCCUAUCUGGCCACCAAGCCUGCCGACAUCGGAGAGAGCUGCCACAUCUACAACAUGUACGGGAAGUGCACCUAUGGUCUCACUUGUCGUUUCGCCAAGGCGCACACCACCAUCGACUUUAAGACCACGGAGAACGCAGACGUGGUCAAAGCCAACGAGGGCAGGACGGCGGUGAAGAACAGUCUGAGUAAGGAGCUCCAGAACCGCCUCAGGAAGCAUUCGGUAGAGUUCAGGAAGUCGGCAGAGUACCUGAAAACCCUUCCUAACAACAAGGAGAAAAAAGGACACCAAGGCAACGGUGUAGCACCACAAGCGUCAUCAACAGAGUCUACAGACGCAGAGACACAGGCCAGGUCAGAGAAAGCAGCCGCAGUGAAGACGGUCGGCAUGUUGACUGACGAGGACGUCAUCAAGUUGCGACCGUGUGAAAAAAAACAGGUGGACUUCCGAGACAAACUCUACCUCGCCCCCCUAACGACGUGUGGCAACCUACCCUUCCGACGUGUGUGCAAGCGCUUCGGAGCCGACAUCACCUGUGGAGAAAUGGCCAUGUGCACCAAUCUGCUCCAGGGUCAACAGUCCGAGUGGGCUCUCCUCAAGAGACAUGAGAGCGAAGACCUGUUUGGAGUCCAGGUAGAGGGCUGCUUCCCUGACACCAUGACGAGAUGUGCAGAGCUCAUCAACAACAACACUGACGUAGACUUUGUGGACAUAAACUCAGGAUGUCCCAUUGACCUUGUGUACAAGAAGGGCGGAGGUUGCGGCUUGAUGACACGCACCCGCAAGUUUGAGCAGAUAAUCAGGGGGAUGCACCAUGUGCUCGAUGUCCCUUUAACAGUCAAGAUCCGCACCGGCGUUCAGGAGAAAAGCAACGUAGCACAUAAACUCAUCCCAGAGAUGAAAAACUGGGGCGUCUCUAUGAUCACACUGCAUGGCCGUUCCAGAGAGCAGCGCUACACCAAACUUGCAGACUGGGACUACAUCACCACCUGCUCCCAGCUGGCCAGCCCCAUCCCGCUCUUUGGUAAUGGAGACAUUCUGUCCUAUGAGGACGCCAUGAAAGCCAAAGAAACGGGUGUUUCUGGUAUUAUGAUUGCAAGGGGUGCUCUGGUUAAGCCCUGGAUCUUCACUGAAAUCAAGGAGAGCCGCCACUGGGACAUCUCCUCCAGCGAGCGACUUGACGUCCUCCGGGAUUUUACCAACUUCGGCCUGGAGCACUGGGGCUCGGACACGCGAGGUGUGGAGAAGACUCGAACCUUCCUGCUGGAGUGGCUUUCCUUCAUGUGCAGGUACAUCCCAGUGGGCCUGUUGGAGCGGGUGCCUCAGAAGAUCAAUGAGAGGCCUCCAUACUACAUGGGCAGGAACUACCUGGAGACACUCAUGGCCAGUCAGAAUGUUGGGGACUGGAUCAGGAUCAGUGAAAUGCUGCUUGGACCUGUACCCCCAAAUUUCAACUUCUUGCCCAAACACAAAGCAAAUUCAUACAAGUGAUUUUUUUCUUUUUACCAUAUUGGACAAUUAAUUUUUUUUGGCAGAGUGUGACUGAAAAGACAACUUACAAUUUAGUUUGAGUUUUGGGUACAAAUGUACUGAGCAAUAAAGUAUAUGUCACACUUAAA